AUGCGGGACUCUGCGUCACUAACUCCUCCAAUCGAUAUACUGCUGGAUUUUCCGUCGCAAUUGUAUUACGACAGCAUUCAUGAUGUUCUUGAGAGUUUAUCUUCAUCAGCUGAUUGCGAUACGCGCACACUGAGAUGGUCGCUACAAUGUCGAUGCUCGUAUCUUUUAGAGACAGGAUUCUUUGGCCCGAGCAGCAACGCUGCAGAAAUAUAUAAUCCAAGCGACGGGCGUUCCUUCAGAGGAAAUUGA